GCCAAAAGUGAAGUGCUUGAGUUGUAAUGGCCUACUCAUGUAACCCCCCAAACAGGGUCGGUGUUGGUCAGAAGCAGCCCAACAUCGUCAGUCUGUAAAGAAAUUUGAAAAAAGUUGGCCCCAGAAUUUGACUUUGAAGUCCCAAAACCCUCUAAUCAAGAAAUCAUGUCCCACUGCACCCCUAAUUUUACCUUAUUAUGUCAGACAAAUCUUGUCCAUUUCAGCCCUAAUCAAGAGUUGACCUGGCUGAAUAGUUUGGCUAACAUCUUUUACAUACUUAAUUAAAAAAUUAUUCUCAUUACAUUUAAAUUAAUUCUAUAUUUUUUUUUAAUUAAGAUGAAACAAUUUGGAGAUGAAGUAACCACAACCUAUUAAAUUACUAGCGGGUAAAUGAUGUGUUGCGUCCAUGUCAAGAACGCAAAGUAUAUGGUGAAGCAAGAGCAACAGAACAGAGUCGUCAUAAUUGUGAUUGUGGCGAAUGAGAAUGAGAGAGUAAAUAAAUAAUAGAAUUGAAAAGAGAAGAAAAGGAAAAGACAGUGAAAAAAGGAAAAUAGGGAGGUAAUGAUGGCAUAGCAAUAAUGACAGCUUCCCGCCACCAAUGGCGGGUUCCACGAGCUUCUUCUGACACCUCUGUUCCCCCACCUCCACCUCCCCUCCUCUCAUCGCCCCUAUACCUACAUACAUAUAUACACACACUUGUCUAGUCUAUUACAUAGAGAUGGAUAGCAUAUUAGCAUACACUCGCUCACUGUUCAUCCAAAAACCCUACAACAAAUUCCCAUACCAAUCCAAAUAAAAAAUGACCUGACCACAACCCACCCCUCCUCCUCCUCCGCCUCUAGCCUACUUUCUUACAAAUCCCUAUUUUCACACCCCCACACAUCUCAAUGCACAAUUCCCUUCUUUCUUUCCUCAAAAAUAUUUCACUCCCAUUUCCAACACCCAAUAAACUAUCAUUUAUUUUUUCCAUUUCUAAUUUUGUUUAUUUAAAAAAAUAUUUAUAUUUUUUAAAAUUAAUAAUACAUCUAAUCAAUAUUCUACCAUUAAAAAAAGAUUUGUUUAUUCUAAAUAUAUUUAUAAAUUUUUAAUAAUAAGAAUACUUAUAUAAUUAUAAUAAAUAAAAUUGGUGAGGAUGGGAGGAACAAGGAAGAAAAGUCCAGACCGAGUGAUUGAAUUUAGUUUUUAGAUUGGGCGGUCAGGGAAUUUUCCCAAGAUUUUCAAACCCUCACCCCUUUUUCAUUUAACCAUUCUCUAACCAAACUUAUAUGUUCUUACCGCGUUUCCUACUCACCACCACCCGGAUCUGGAAUCCAAUGUACAUCUAUCUCCCUCACCGUACCCAAGGAUUGUACCUUCCUCUUCGUCGCUUGUACCUUGCCUUAUAGCUGGCCAGCUUCCUACCGCCAUUGAUCCACGCCAAUAUUUCCACAUUCCCGCUAUGUUCCUCCCCGCGGAAAUGGGAUUUUCCUCACUCUAAACCCUUCUCUCUAGAAUUUUCUACGCUGCCUCUCUCAAGUCUCGAGGAUUUUUUCUUUCUAGUUGACAAUGCAAUUCCCCGGAAUUCCUCCAAGAUUGCUGCGGGUGAAGCACUCUACUGCUGCACUGUGAUAUGGGGUGUAGUGGGUCGAAGGCGGACGACUUGCCUUUGGUGGUUCGCUGCCGUGAGAGGCAAGAACUUAUACGCGCCGCCGCUAACCACCGCUACGCACUCGCCGCCGCCCAUGUGUCCUACUUCCGCUCACUCAAGGAUGUUGGGGAUGCUCUCAGGAAAUUCGUGGAUGAAGAGCUCAUUACUACUACCCCGUCUUCUUCUUCUUCCUCUUUUUCAUCACCCUCUUUGAUUUUGCCGCCGAGUUCGAAGAAAAAACAUGACGACGCUGAUGAAUCUUCGCUGCAUUUACAUGAUGACGAGGAUGAGGAGGGGUCGCAUCUACAUAUAUCGGAUUCUUCUUCUGAAGAUGGGGCUUCAGAAGACUUCGAGCAUCACCAUCAUAAUCAUCACGGACAUGAAUCUGAAGAUGAUGCUCAUCAGCAUCAUAACCAUCACACGCAUGUCCACAAGGGGAAGGGCUUUGAUGAUGAAGUCAGGCAUUCACAUAACGAGGAGGAAUCUUCAUUUCAUUAUCCUCGUGGUGUUUUUAAUGGGUAUGGGAGUGGUUUUGGAGAUGGAAUGGAUAAUGACCCGUACGCCAACCCGUAUCCGUACCCCUCUCCAUUCCCGCCGCCGCUCCGUCCGUAUGGUGAGCCUUAUAUUGAUCAGUGGAAUCCGCCGGGAAUGCCGUCGGGAGUGCAGCCUUGGUAUUACUCGAGUAAUUCGAAUGUGUAUUACAUGAAGAAAUCGGCUCCGGCGACCAAAACGGUGGUUCAUCAGCCUCCAGCGGCCCCGGCAUACGGGUACUCCGAUUCAUAUUGGAAUUCUCCAGCUGGUUAUGGGAGUGCGGGUUAUGGUGUUAAUUUUUCGAUGGGUUCACCUGUGAGGAUGGGAGUUAACGAGGGUGUCAAAAUGAACUCACAUAAGGAGGCGCCCCCACCACCAUCACCCAAGGCAUCGACGUGGGAUUUCUUUAAUCCAUUUGACGUAUAUGAUAAUGGGUACCCUGGUUAUUAUUCGAGUGGGAGAUAUGGGUAUGGGUUGAAUUCUAGCAGCCCGGAUUCGACUGAGGUGAGGGAGAGAGAGGGGAUUCCUGAUUUGGAGGAAGAAACUGAGAAUGAGGUGUAUAAAGAGGUCCUUAAGGGGAAAAGAACGAAAGCUGAUGCAAAAAGGAGUUCUAGGGAGAGCACCCCCGGGCCUGGAGCAAUGCCAGUGCCGAAAAAUGGCACUGCUAGUUCAGGACUUGUUCCUCAGCAUAACAGUGAGGAUAGUUCAAGAUCAGUGCCAUUGUACAGAAGUCAGGAUAGCUCAAGAUCAUUGCCACCACAUAAAAGUGAGAGUAGUUCCAGAUCAUUGCCUUCUUGGAGUAGUGAGGAGAGUGAGAAACCAUCUUUGCCACAAAAACAUAACAGUGAAAGUGCAAAGCCAUCAAUGCCAUCGCGGUAUGGCGAAGAGAGUGCAAAACCAUCAACAUCACCAACACACAGUAAGGGGACAUCAUGGAUGGAUCAAUCUCGGAAUGGGGAAAUUACAGAUUCAAUUAGUUUGACAGAUGAGAGAAGCAGCUCAGAAAAUAUAGUGUUGAAGAGUGUGGAUGAGGGUUCUGUGAAGAAGAAGGGGGUGACUUUUGAGGUGGGGGAGACAUCAAAGCAGGAUGGUGAUUCGUCCAAGUUCAGUAGUGUAACACUAUUGUCGCCUCGUGGCACUCGGGAUCUGCGGGAGGUUGUUGCUGAAAUUAGAGAUGAAUUUGAAACUGCUUCUAGUUAUGGGAAAGAGGUAGCCAUGAUGCUUGAGGUUGGGAAGCUGCCUUAUCAGCCUAGCUUUCUUAGAGUAAUUCUGUCCCGAAUAUUGUGCCUGAUAUCUCCAUCAGUGUCACUACAAGAUCCCCCAUCAAUGCAAUCCAUAAAAUUAGCUUCCACCACAAUGAAGUUGGCAAAGUCUUACUUUGAAGAUGUUGGGAAUGAUGUAAACACCCAGGCUUGUAACCUUUCCUCCACCCUGGAUAAGCUGUAUGCUUGGGAAAAAAAGUUGUACAAGGAAGUAAAGGAUGAAGAAAUUCUCCGGGUUGCAUAUGAGAAGCAGUGCAAGAGGCUAAAAACCUUAGAUGAGGAAGGAGCCGAGUCUAGCAAGAUCGAUGCUACUCGAGCUUCUAUAAGAAAAUUGUUAACCAAGCUCGAUGUUAGUAUCAAAGCAAUUGAUGCCAUUUCAAGCAGGAUACACAAGUUGAGGGAUGAAGAAUUGGAACCGCAGGUUGCUGCAUUGAUUCAUGGGCUGAUUAGAAUGUGGAAGGAAAUGUUCAAGUGCCAUCAGAAGCAGUUUCAAGCUAUAAUGGAGAGUAAAAUGCGGAAGCUCAGAGCAAAAACUGAUCCCCUAACAGACACAAGCUCGAGGGCUACCACUGAGCUUGAAAGGGAGCUUCGUGCAUGGUGUGAACGUUUUAAUGAAUGGAUCAGCUCUCAAAAGUCUUACGUUGAGUCCUUGAAUGGGUGGCUUCUGCAAUGUCUUCAAUAUGAACCAGAAGAGACUCCUGAUGGACCUGUUCCGUACUCCCCUGGCAGGCUUGGGGCCCCUCCCAUUUUCAUAAUUUGCAAUGAUUGGCAGCAAGCUAUGGAAGCUGUCUCAGAGGCAAGGGUAGCAAACGCCAUGAAUACGUUUGCUACAAGUCUGCGGCAGCUAUGGGAGAAACAAGAUGAAGAGGGUCGACAAAGGCUCAAAGCAGAAUAUCUUUCGAAGGAUUACCAAAAACAGCUUAGAGCACAUCUUACGGAGAGGGGUAAAAUCAAGCUUGAACAAGAUGCAAUGUCAGACAACACUAGGUUGUCUGUGGUUCCCUCAGAUAAUGGAGUCUCACCAUUGGAUGAUCUAAAGGUGGACUUGGAUUCUAUGAGACAGAAAUUGGCUGAGGAGAGAAUAAAGCACAAGGAUGCCAUGAAAUUAGUGCAUGAUGCAGCAUCUAGUAGUUUACAAGGAGGUCUGGUCCCAAUUUUCAAGGCCUUGGAAAACUUCACUUCCGAAGCUCUGAAAGCACAUGAACAUGUUAGGUUACAGCAACCUGAGCAGAGCUCAUGAGACAUGUAAAUCAUCCUGUUGUUGCAUUGGAAAGACAGAAGCUUCUUCUGGCUAAUAUUUUGAGGUAACUAAGGUGGUUCUCUCAUUUCUUCAAGGGAUAAGAAGCACCAAGGAAAUAGUACAUAUUUCCCUCAGAACACGGAUAUCAAGUACCUUGUUGCAAUCAAGAAGCUCGUGGUAUAACAAACUAUUUACAGACAUGAAAUGAGACUUCACUAUUACCAGUGAAAGGGCUGCACGGCCGGCCCUCAACAACAGAAAAGGAUGGCAGAAGGUUAAAAAUACAUCAUGUUUGCAGCACUCCAGUUUGUAGCCAACAGGUUGAAGUUGUGUACAGAAGAUUCAUUUAUUUGUUGAUUGUGGGUUCUUGGUUGGCUGAAGCUCUAUAAUGGAGUGGUGUGUAGGGAGAUGAUGUUGAUUUUAGGGAUAGUGAGGAGAUGAUCUCUAUUUAGUUAAGGUAGAAAGAAGCAUAAUGAUUAUUAACACAUCUCUUUGUUCCUUCAUCUCAUUUUUGGAUCUACCAUCUCUGUUGGAGGUAAGUGAAUUUCUCCUGCUUUACCAGUGGACUGACUCCACAUUCAAUAGGUGGUGCCGGUGCAUAAAAAUACAUGUUUCUGAGAGAUUAUUGAUAGGUUGCACUGCUCCAAUGGACUUGUGUGAAAAUGUAUGGGGAUUUCAGAUUUACUGCCUACAUGAUAAACAUACACAUAGGAUGAUUAAAGAUCCCCUUA